CACAUAAUUUUAUAGUUGAAAAUAUUUUUAGGUAUUUGAAUAUAUUAUUUAUUUAACAAUGUCGUACCCUAAAGGGCAAAAUAUAAUGAAUGUUAAAGAAAUUAUUGAAUUCGCUUUUGGCGAUGUAGAGGGAAAUGCUGUGAAUUUUAAACUUAUUCAAACCGUACUUUUCUUGAUUGCUAGACAAUUAAGAUUACUGGAAAGAAAGGUAGAGAUUGAAUUGGGACCCAUAGCUUUUAUACCCUCGGAUACAACUUUGGCAGUUACUGAAUAUAAAUUACAUGCUGGACACAAGAAAAAAAGGAAACCUAGAGAUGAGGGCGAUAAAAGAAUCGGCGUAGGAAAACGUGGUGCAAGCAUUAGCUCUGAUAGUGGCACUGGCUAUGGUGGUGGUGGUGGUAGCGGCGCUGGUGGACCUGGUGGUGGUCCAGGCGGUGGCUACGGUGGACCCGGCGGUGGCCCUGGUGGAGGACCUCGUUAUGGUGGACCUAGUGGUGGACCUGGUGGUGGACCUGGUGGUGGACCUGGUGGUGGACCUGGUGGUAGCUAUGGUGGACCGGGUGGGGGCCCUGGUGAAGGACCUGGUUAUGGUGGACCUGGUGGUGGUUCUGGUGGUAGCUACGAUGGACCUGGUGGUGCCCCUGGCGGUGGCUACGGUGGACUUGGUAGUGGCCCUGGUUAUGGUGGACCUGGUGGUGCACCUGGUGGAGGAUAUGGCGGACCUGGUGGAGGAUAUGGUGGACCUGGUGGAGCACCUGGUGGAGCACCUGGUGGACCUGGUGGAGGAUAUGGCGGAUCCGGUGGAGCACCUGGUGCUGCACCUGGUGGAGGGUACGGUGGACAAGGUGGUGCACCUGGUGCAGGAUAUGGCGGGCCUGGUGGUCCACCUGGUGGAGGAUAUGGCGGACCUGGUGGAGGAUAUGGUGGACCUGGUGGAGCACCUGGUGGACCUGGUGGAGGAUAUGGCGGACCCGGUGGAGCACCUGGUGCUGCACCUGGUGGAGGGUACGGUGGACAAGGUGGUGCACCUGGUGCAGGAUAUGGCGGGCCUGAUGGUCCACCUGGUGGAGGAUAUGGCGGACCUGGUGGUGCACCUGGUGGAGAAUAUGGUGGACCCGGUGGAGCACCUGGUGCUGCACCUGGUGGAGGGUACGGUGGACAUGGUGGUGCACCUGGUGGAGGGUACGGUGGACCUGGUGGUGCACCUGGUGGAGGCUACGGUGGACCUGGUGUUGCACCUGGUGGAGAGUAUGGUGGACCUGGUGGUGCACCUGGUGGAGAGUAUGGUGGACCUGCUGGUGCACCUGGUGGAGGGUAUGGCGGACCUAGUGGUGCACCUGGUGGAGGUUAUGGCGGAUCUGGUGGUAGUGGACCUGGUAGUGCAUUUGGUGGACCUGAGGUUGGAGGCCCAGGUGGUGGUUAUGUUGCCCCAGGUAGUGGAGCUACUGGUGGUCCAAGUAGCGUCCACAGUGGAAGUUUAACUGGUUUGCCUAGUGGGCCACCUACUAGUCGAACUGGUGUUAACUAUGGUUCGUCUAGUGGUGGUGGUCCUAGCACUGGAGGUGGGCAAGCUGUCGGACAAUACGGUGCUCAACAAGCAAACGCGGAUAAAACUUCAUCUACAUAUCCGGACAAAUCUUUGUCAUCGUAUUCAGAUAAAACCUCAAGCAAAGCCAGUAAAACUACGAGUAAGCGGCCGUCACGUACAAGUUCCUUACAAGAUCAACAGCAAAAAAUGAGCAAAACGAAGCUGCCCUUUCGACCCGAUAUUCUGGACGUCAUAGAAACGCAACGGGAAAAAGAGCUUCGUGUAAUUCAUCAGAGGGCCAAUUCUUACGAAGAACGAGCGAAAACACCGACACCUAUGGCCUCGGUGGGUUCUAUAGCUGAACAAUACGAAAAACUUCUUGUUGUUGAAAGAGUACCGAGUAGAGAAUCAAGGGGUGGAGAGAUUGUGCAAGGACAAGGACGUACCCCUCGGCUUUCCCUGGUAACUCAAGAACAGUUUGAUAAAUUGGCGUUGGCUAUCCAAGAGCUACAAAAGAAGCUUUUGUCAGGCAGUCGAAAGUUUUCUGAACACGAAGGACUAAUAGAAGAACUCCGAAAAGAUGCUUCGCUCGCAGAUCCAAUGGUAGCAGUACAACUUUCUGCUCGACUAGAAGCAGCUGAAAAAAAACUUGGAAAGAUGCAGAAAAUGGUCAAUGAGUUAGGCAAGCGAGCAAACUAUGAUGCACCUAUCGGACCCUAUAACACUGACGUAUCGGCGUCAGAUUAUGACACUAAAUCUCAAAGCUUACGAAGUGGAGCUGCUGGUGGUCGUGGUACUUCACCAGGAGGUAGACCUGGAGCUACUCUUGGUGGACCCCAAACUGGCCCUACUAUCACCGAUGGAUCGUAUCCACCGGGUGGACUGACUGAACUCGAUGAACUUGAAGCUACUGAUACUUUUGAUGGUGAUGUAAAACGGAGGACCUUACCUGGUACUGCUACUAAAGGUGGUCGUAAAAGUUUUAAACAGGGGAGUUCUGCUACUCCUUCCGUAAAAUCACAAGAGACGACCCGAAAAUCAUUAUCUUCCGCUGGUGGUAUUUUUUCUUCCAGUACAACUCCUUCAACGACCGCAACCGCCACCGCAACCACCAAUGUCACUACCACUUCCUAUGGCCCUGGAAAAUAUUUAGAUCCUAGUUCAAUCCUAGAUAAACCUCCUGAGUCUGAUGUGCUCCAAACCCAAACUACAGAGGAGGGUGAAGAAUAUGCUCUUAAAUCUGAUUAUGUCACUUACAAUGAAUUGGACGCAGUAACACAUAAAUUAUAUGACAACCUAUUGAAUAUUUUAUCACAAAUAACAGCGCGUACCACCCAUAACGCUGAGAAUGCAUACAAACUUUCUAUAAAUUUAGAUGCAAAAAUCGAGGUUGCGUUAGCUGCCGCCGCUCGGAUGUCCGAUUUGGAAGAUUUGGUCAAACAAUAUUCCGAUCAAAUAAAUGCACUUGAUACGGGGCUCUCCUCUCAGAUGACGAACUACCAAGAACAAAUAUCGCAAAUGCAACAUGAUUUAGAAACUGGAUUAGAGAAUAUAGCAGAAAGAUUAGGCAACACUGGCGGGGAUACAGCAGCGGUGACAGAACUGAAUUCUCACUUCACGGCCCUGCAAGUGGAUUUCGAGAAUAUGUUAGUUCGACAGAAGGAUUUGAAAGAUUCACAAAAUUCUGUAGCUUUUGAUCUCGAAAAUUUAUGGAAAGAAAUAGAAAUGCUUCGGGAUACAAAAUCAGACCGUGAAGAAGUAACUGAUGCGCUCCGUGAUAAAGCGGGCAUUGGUGAACUCAACGGUCUUGUUUCUUUGCCACAAUUCGAUGCUGUACGAGGUGAAAUUGAAAAGCGUAUAGGUGCAGCAUACGAUAAAUUUAAUAAUCAAGAAACUGUUUGGCAAAAAGCUAUAGAUGACCUUAUAAGAGAUCUAAACGAAAAAGCUGAUAUAAUUCAAGUAGAAUCUCUGAGAGAUGAAAUUGCUAAAUACAUAAAUAAAAUGAAAGAACGCAUGCAAUUCAUAGAAGACAUUGUGGGAGAUCCAAAAAGUGCGAUGCUAUCUAAGAAACUAUUCCGCGACGCCGCAUGUCUAUCUUGUGGUAGCCCGGCACACAUGGACCAAGAAGAACCAUUUUCCAUCCCUGCUCUACCUAAAUUUCCCUCAACCAGACAGCCAGGUGAAGGAGCUGAAGCUGAGACCACAACUAAGGGAGGAGGGGAUCAUGGAAUUUGUUAUAAAGAUUUUGUCAUACCGCACCCGAGAGAUCCAAGGUCACACAUAUGUCAGCGGUACUGUGGCGGCUCUCACACUUUGGUUACCGAAGGACCGAGUCGCAUUCCUCCUGGCGUGCUCGUACAACAGUCCGUAAAACCAACGACUACAAUACAGGGCACGGAUGGAAAAACGUAUUUAAUGGAUGAAGAACCUAUAGAAUUAAAAAUACCAUGCAAGCCAUGCAACAAGGCAAAAUCGCCAUUUGAUCGAGGUUUUAAUACAAAUUGUGAAAUUGGAGAUACUUCCAUGACUACGCCGGAACACGACAUGACAUCUUAGGAAACUAUUUACCUACU